AUUUCCACUUUCGGACUGUACGGCUCUGUGUCGGGGGACCAUGGCAACCAGCCCGGUACAGGCUCCCGGGGGCAGAGGCCGCCAGUAUGUGCAGAAUUUAGAUGACCUGUUGCGCUGUGGAAUUUGCUUUGAUUACUUCAACAUUGCCAUGGUGAUCCCGCAUUGUUCACAUAACUACUGCUCUCUUUGUAUUCGGAAAUUUCUUUCAUACAAGACACAGUGCCCAACCUGUUGUGUGACUGUUACAGAGUCUGACUUUCGAAAUAACAGAAUUGUAGAUGAUCUCGUGAAAACAUUUUGCUUGGCAAGGCAGCAUCUGUCCCAAAGUAUUUUGGACUCUCCACCGGUAUCUCCACUGCAUCCAUCCACAGGCAAAUUGGAUGUACCUGCAUCACAGAGACCUACUGGGAAAACGAUAAAGGAAGAAAAUAAAUUAAUGGAUGUCUUCCUGAUGAAAACAAGCACCCCUGCAUCCAAAAGAACAUUGAAGGCUUCCAGCAAUGUUCCUUCAAUAUCCACACCAAUAUUUAAGCUUGAGGAAGAGGCACCGUCUCUGAUUGACACCAUUGGUCCAACGACACCCUCUACCUCUGCCAUGAAAGUGCAUAUUAAAGUGGAAUGCCCGGUGUGCAGUGUUGGUAUUUCAGAGCAGUAUAUAAAUAAACAUCUUGACAGCUGCCUCACCAGAGAUGAAAAGAAAGACAGUCUUCGAAGUUCUGUUCAGAAGAGGAAAACCAUGGCCAAAGUAGUCUACAACCUACUGUCUUACCGUGAUUUGAGGAAGAGGCUGAAAGAGAUUGGUCUGACCACUCAUGGCACAAAGCAACAGAUGAUCAGAAGGCACCAGGAGUUUGUGCAAAUGUAUAAUGCACAGUGUGAUUCCUUAAACCCCAAGUCAGUUGCUGAAAUUGUUUGCGAAAUUGAAAAUAAUGAGAAAACCCGCUCUGCUCUGGAGGCAAAGCAAGAAAGUAGUAUGACCUUCAGUAAAGAGCAGACUGAGCAAGAGAUAGAUGAAAUUCACCAAAAAUACAGAGAGAAGCACAAGAAUGAAUUUCAGCAACUUAUUCAACAAAUGAAGGGUCGAUGGGCAAAAACAAAAGGAAAACAAAACAAAAUGGAAUUGUCAGAGGACUGUAAGAUCAGCACAGAAAAUGUUGCAGAGGAGGAGGAUGUUGAAUCUGACAUGAAGUCUUCUGCAGACAAUGACCUGGUGAAAUCAGAUAAUGUAUCCAUUGUUCGCUCUGACUCCCCUGUGUUCCCACUGUCUGCUGCCAGUUCCAGUUCAGACAUUUUACGGGACUUAGAUGAGAUGGCAGCACGUGAUGAAUUGGAACCCUCCAUUGCUAGUCCCAUGGCCAAAGCAAGGAAGAGAAAAGCAUCCAGUCUGAAAGAGACACCGGGGAAACGAGAAACGCCUCGGAGCAAGCGACAUCGGAAGUAGAGUGUGUUUUGUGUUCUUGGGGCCAUAACUGUUACAAUAAACCUGCCUUCAGGCGACAUGCGAUCUGCGUGCAUUCUGCUCUAUCACUGACACCAGUCUUUUAAACUAAUGGGACACAGCAUUGUGUGAGCUUAUAAGCAGGCCUUCAUCUUAAAGGAUGGAAGAUAACCUGAUAUCAGUGCAUAGAACUGUACCAUGCACACAGAGUAAAUACUUUGCAAUGUUUUUGUCUUAUGAAGUGAUGAUAGGAAUGCAGCAGUUCAUGUAAAUAACAGAUUUACAGUCCAAGAAACGGGUGUAACUGGAAAUGAUAUACAACAGCCACAAAACAUAGUCUGCUGCUUGCAACAGAGCUGUCUGGCAGCUCCACCACUAAUUCUCAUUAUAUGAUUUUAUCCUGUGUAUGGAACAAGGUCCUUGCUAUUUACAUCUGGUUGGAAUGUGUACCUACUCCUGACCAAGAUGGACUUAUAAAACAUGCAGUGUUCCCAAGUAAAAUGUAUAUCAUAACGUUUUCAUUUUAUUUUACACGUGAAAAAAAUCCUAGAAAAAUAAAAGAUUGUCUCUUUAAGCUCU